CCCGCCCCCAGCUUACUUGUACUGAAGUUAAUAGGUUUCUGUGAAGGACUGCUUAUUUCUCAGGCUGCAAAAACGUCGCAUUAUCUCAGCUGAUUAAUAAAACAUUCUGUCCUGCUGGAGAUACUGAGUGACAACUGGAAUCGGGGUGCAAGUCCAAUACUAAAAGGCUCAAUGAGUAAUGACUGGCUCUUUUUCCGCCAUCUAAUAGCCAUCUAGUUCUUCUUCCCAACACCUAUUGCCCAGGGAUUCCUUCAUAAAUUUAGCAAUUCAGAAUGCAAUUCCUUUUUUUGUGGUAGAACUUUCAUACCUCUUUGGAGUACAGGUUUGGAAGACAGAGGGCAACGAUCUCAGACGAUCCAGAGACUAUAAUUUGCCACUUCUUGAAUCACCUAGUGUGUCCACUGCAUACAGCACUAAGAUAUGCCAUUGGUGUAUCAGCAGAAGCCAUCUUCUUUUCUUAGCUGCAUGGAAGGGAAAGAAGUUAAAAUCGAAACUCAGCUAAUCGGUAGCCAUACAGCUAUCGGUAUAGAAGGGCAAUGACCUCGUCCAUUUAAAUCAAGCCAUCCUGCUGUCAUUAGCAAGCUAAAAGGUUCAGAUAUUUGGGGGGAUUUAAAGGUAACACUUCGACGCUAAUCGGCUUAAAGGGACUAGCAUAACUACAUGGCCGGAAGAACAGAUAAAAGAAACCAGAGUUCAGACUUGGCCUCAGCAAAAGGCUCUGAGCUGUAUGGUGCAGAAUUAACACACAAGUUGAAAAGCUUUGAUAUUGACGAGGACACAAGCACCAACCAUGCCUGCCGAUUUCAAUGGCUAUUGGAAAAUGCUCAGCAAUGACAACUUUGAGGAGUAUUUGAAAGCAUUAGAUGUAAAUAUUGCUGUGAGAAAAAUAGCUAAUAUGCUCAAACCGGACAAAGAGAUCAUUCAAGAUGGCGAUCACAUGAUCAUUAAGACACUAAGCACUUUUAAAAACUACAUCAUGGAUUUUGAUAUAGGGAAGGAAUUUGAGGAGGAUUUAACAGGGGUGGAUGAUCGCAAAUGCAUGACCUGUGUGACGUGGGACGGAGAUAAACUUCUUUGUGUACAGAAAGGAGAAAAAGAAGGCCGUGGCUGGACCCAGUGGAUUGAAGGGGACGAAAUGCACUUGGAAAUAAGAGCUUGUGGCGUCAAAUGUAAGCAAGUAUUUAAGAAGGUACAGUGAUGAGCCUGAACCCAGAGGCCAAGAGGGUCGAAUAAAAUGGAUGGACCAGCUGCCAAACUUACAACCCUGUUAGUGCACAAAAACCUUAUCCCUUAACACCUAGAAAGGAGCCCAUGGCCAACAUCUAGCCAUGUCUAAUUGGAACUCUGUAGUGGGUUUUAUUGCAUAUAUGAUAUUUUAAAAAGCAAUAGUUGAGUCUGAAUGAGCAUCAACAUCAUCAUGUAGAAGUUCAGAUUAAAGCUAAUGAAACCUGAA